UUGUUUAUACAUCAGAGUAAGAUUGUAGUGAGUCAAACUGACGAACAGAUGUUUGUGUGUACGCUACUGUCUCGGUACUCCGUGAUCGGCUAAGUUUUGUUUUCUUGUUGUUGCAUUUUAUUCAUUGUUGGAUUUUAAAUUUUAAAAAGCGGACGAGUGGCCGUGUUUCCUCAGUCGUCACAGACCCUCAGUAUAUAGAUCAGCUGAUAGAAGUUAGUCUACCCGACACCUGACAUGGAGCAAGACACCUGAUAUUCGUCUCAUUCAAACGACAAGACGUGAUUUAUAACGUAAUGUCCCUCUAAAUUCAAUACUAUUUUGAAGAAAAAAUUUCUUAGAGGAAAGUACACCGGAGUGAAGACAGAUAUUUGUUAUCAUAUUUUCUGGAAAUUUUAGUGUCCCAACUACUGACAAUAUGAAGCUUGGAAACUUAUUUUACGUAUUUUCUCUUAUUGGUGUUUUAUUUUUUGUGGAUUCUAACAAUGCUAAAUCGCAACGUUCUAAGUCUGUUAAAGGAUGCAAGUGUCGUAAGUUUUACAAACACAUCACAACUGAUCUAGAUUCAAAAUUUCGGUCCUUAGAGAAGAAACUAAUGCUGCACAUGUCGGCCUCUGACAUGGUGAUGAAUUCUACAGGAUCUUACAGGGAACUGGACACAAAAAUGGGACGAUUAAGGGGGGAGGUCAUGCACACCAAAAAAGCCUUGAAUUCAGAGACAGAAACUCUACAGAGACUUAAAGAUCAAAUCCGAUCUCAGAAGAGAAGCAUGGAAAACAUAGAUAACCAUUUUGUACUUUUAGAAAAUGUUGUUAAAAACUUAACGGAAGUUAUAGGGAGGCUAGGUAAUCUUGCUCCGUCCGUAGCCGUGCACCGGACAGUAACGGAAAUACUGACGACACCGUCACCGACCGUCCAACUCAAAACAACCACGGAGCCUGUUAGGGCAUACCCAAGACAUUGCCAUGACGUAUACAAACAUGGUGGACUUCGUUUCCAGGGAGAUUACUACAUUAUGCUACAACCAGAAAAAUCCCAGAAACCUUUUAAAGUUGUCUGUAAAUCCAUAAAUAAUACCGGGGGUUGGACAGUGAUUCAGAGACGCCAAGACGGCUCAGAAAAUUUUUACAGAGACUGGAAAACAUACAAAAACGGAUUCGGGUCUCUUUCCGGAGAAUUUUGGAUGGGGAACGACAAAAUCUACGAACUGACAAACCAAGGACCUUUCCAGUUGCGUGUAGAUAUGGAGGAUUUUGAUGGCAGGAAGUACUAUGCUGUGUACAAUUACUUCCGGAUUGACGAUGAGUCCGAAAACUACAAACUUCACGUGCGAGGUUACCAUGGCGACUCUGGAGAUUCUUUGACCUCAGUUCGGGACAACCACAACGGAAAUAUGUUCAGUACGCACGACCGUGACAACGACAGGCGGGGUUACAACAACUGCGCGCGCCAUUACAGGGGCGGGUGGUGGUACUCCGACUGCUACGACUCUAAUCUUAACGGACAGUACUACCCACAGGGUAAACACAUCAACUUCUUUAACCGUGACGGCAUUCAUUGGAAUAGCAUCAACAUGAGCUCUUCGUUGAAGUUUGUGGAAAUGUCUGUACGGCCCGCAGACGACACUUCGUCAGAAAAUGAGGUGUAAUUUUCUAGGUUUGACAGCGCAUGCUCAAAGCCUUUUUCAGAGGUGCUUAUCGUUGGAAAUAUGUGAUUGCUAGUCAGAUUUGUUGUGAAAAGUUUUUUUCAUGAAUAAACAAUUGCAAUUCAUGAAAGGACACGGAAAAACAUAAUACUCAAUAAAGCAAGAAUGCUUUGGAGUUUAACAUAUUGUGAUAAUAACCAGAUUAAUGAAAGAAACGUUUACGGUGUUUGAAAUCCAGUUUUUCAAACACUUGUGUCCUGGAAAAUUAAGACGAAAUCUCGAAUUGUUCGAGGAUGUCCGAGAUGAUUUUUUUCCACUGCCAGUCACUGUUUAUGAUAAUAGAAAUGAUGUAGUUUCGCAAUAUCAUUGCACAAAAUGCCAUUGUAAAUAUUACCCUGUUUCAUUCAUAUUCAUUAGUCAUUAUUUAUUUGCUAAAUAUACGUGAACAUUUCAAUUCACAUGUUUCGAUAUUGUAUAUAUGUAAAUAGACGUACAUUACACUUGUGAAGAUUUUCCGUUUUGCAAUAAAUGGAAGGUCUAAAUUUGGUAACUUUAGUGCUAAUCUGCAUUCUGGCGCUAACAAAUGAACUUUGAAGUGUUGAACCAGCCGUUAUUAUAUCUUGUUCAGCACAGAAUUGUUACAGUUUCACUAUGACGUGUCUACAGCAUUGUUAGAAAUCUUUUCAUAGAGAUAUGGUGUAAUAUAUUGAUAUUCAGCAAUGUCAUUACGUUGUCAUUCUUUGAUUUUUAUUUUUAUAUAAAAGAUUUAAUUGUUGGAUCGUGAUUAAAGCCUAUAUGUCCGUGCCUUUCCUGGUCGAUUAAGUACGGGUAGAUCGAAAUAAAGAAGAUCCCUACGUC